AAGACGCCCUUGCAACAAAUAUUAACUGAGGCGCUUAUGAUGAAUCAAAUCAUAAACCUAUGGUAAGUUCCAUGCACAAGCUUGUUAAAAAGUCAAGGCACUGACAUUGUAUGCUGGUUACGGCGAAGGCACUGUCUUUGCUUCUAUCACACAUCCAGUGUUCAAGCUACCACCUAUGCAUGAUUUUUAUUUGGAAAUUGCCGUCUCCGUGCCAUGUCCCAAAAAAAACCAGUUUCCUGACGGUCGCCACACUCAAAACAAGAAGAACGCCAUGCUUAUUCAUUACUAUCCCCAAGAAUGGCGUGUCCCCACUAUCAAAAUGGCGCCCAGUCUCAGACACAUCUAAAAAAUGCGGCACUGACCUGAACCGAAGAUACUGGCGCAGCCGAUUUGAAAGCGCCACCCUUUGACGCCACCGCAAAUAUUCAGCCAAUCAUUUCUCCGAUUUACAUUUGAAUUGAAUUGCCCCCGCAAAGCAGCCACUUCUCUCAACGCACUGGCGAAAUAUUAUCCACGCUUCACACAAUACUGCUGCACUUUUUUUUCUAGCAGUAC